AUGCCCUUAUUAAGUAUUGUUGAUAUUACUAGUUUUAAUACCACAUUUUAUUCUUCUUUUGUUUUUAUAAAAGGUGAAGAAAAACUGGAUUACCUCUGGGCCCUCAAUCAUUUUGCUUGCUUGUUUCAUGAUGUACCAAAGUCAAAAGUUGUAGUAAUGGAUAGGGAGCUUGCCCUUAUAAAUGCAUUUAAGAUAAUCUUUCCUAAUUCAAUAAACCUAUUAUGUAAUAAAAUCGUCUAUUCAAUAACAGAGAAUAAAUUUGAAGAAAAAUGGAAUACACUUCAUUUUCUUUAUACUAAUAAACCUCAUGUUAUCACUUAUCUUAAAGAUACUUGGUUACCAUUAAAAGAAAAAUUUGUGACUGCAUGGACAAAUUUAUAUCUCCACUUAGGAACUACUGUAACUUCCCGUAUUGAAGAUGCGCAUUCAACCCUCAAGGCAUAUUUGCAAGUAUCAACAGAAGAUCUUUACUAUAUUCACACAACAAUUUCUCUGGCCGUUACCAAUCAAAAAAAAGAAAUUGAUGCAAUGGUUGCAUCAGAAAGAAUUCAUGUUCCACUUUUUGCACUUAACAAUCCUUUGUACUCGAAUAUCAGAGGAAAAGUCUCAACUUUUGCCCUUAAGAAAAUAAACGAGCAAUGCCAAAAAACAAACUGUGCAAUAACUGAGAAACCCCUGCCACCAUGCACAGGAUCUUUUUCAAAAACAAUGGGGCUGCCUUGUGCUCACACCAUUAGCCUUUUAGAAAAUGACCAGGCUUUAAUACUCGAUAAUGCACUGCAAUCUCUUUUACAGAACCUGCAAAAAAGAUAUCAAGAAUGGCUGAAGUCACAACAAGAAACUGCACAGGUAACAUUAGAUAACAUGAUUAAUACCCUACUAAUAGUUUUGCAGAAUCCAAGAGAAGUUUUUACAAGAGGACACCCUUCUGGUACUUCUCAUUGUAGUUUAGCAAACUCAACCAGGAGAAAUCCUUCUGGGUUUGAGUUGGUAGAACAUAAAGGACAGCAAUGUACCCUGUACUGA